AUGAAAAGAAGCCUUUCCUCGCGGCGCGACAGCAGUUCUACUGAGCAAAGAGGUAGGAAGAGGCAGAAGCUCGAGAAGUCGUACUCGACACGUGAGAUUCCUUGGAAGGAGCAGCGAGCUCUUGGGGGAGCCUUCUCUUUCGUUGGUAAAGGCGCUUGGCCCGUCCUUCGCAUAACGGCCGAGAGAAAGUCUGGCAAGAGAACACAAUAUCUGAUCCAGUGGCGGCCGCAUCCUCGUACCCACGAAGAAUUCAAACCUGAGUGGAUAUUCAGCGACAACGUUGACGACGACUCCAUAGCUGAAUGGGAGCAAGUUAAAGAGCAGAGAGAAGAGCAGAGAGAAGAGCAGAGAGAAGAGCACUCAGCACGACAGGAGGAACUACUGGUAGCACCUCGUGCUCGGCGACACCCAGCUCUUCCAGACUCUUCAGCGGAUGAUAUCAGCGGUACCGGCCCGGAGAGGGAUGCUUCUCGCAGUCCUCCAAGUUUGCUGAGCGGUUCUUCUGCUUCCGGCUUGGAUGUUCUAGAAACUCAGUAUCCCGAAGAGCAUUUGCGCGUCAACCUACCAUCACUACCUCAAGACAAAGCAGAGCCUACCAGUUCGAAGAGCCAUAACGACCAGACCAUGUCAACGAACGAGCUCGGGGCCAGUCGGCCCGAGACAACUGAUCACUAUAUCAAGUCGCCCUUGGCCAACAGCAUCAACCACGACGACUUGAUUGCCGACGAGCCUCUCUUCCACGAUGGUAAUCAAGACGUCUUGGUUGUUGCUCCUGGAGAAAUCUCGAUUCCCCUUAUGAUACAUGAAUCUAUAGAGGAAGAGCCUCAGUCUUCUACGGACACCUCAAAUUUGUUAGACUCAAAAGCUAACUCCAGUCAAGAGUCUUUGAACAACGAACGGGAGAUCGAAACAGUUGAUGGGGUUAUGAUCCCUGCUCUUCCAAUAUUUGGACCUUGCGAACAUGCUGUUGCUUUACCCGCAGAGGGCAGGGUCAAAUCAAUCUACGACGAGAUAAUCAAGUUGAAGAAGAGAGCGAUUCUGGGUUUCAUCAGACGUAAGGGCUCCCCUGGAACAUCCGAGAUUUCCAGCAAGAAAACGCUCGAACGGAACGAGAUGCAAGAAAUGUUAUCACGGCUGAACGAUACAACUACUCAUAUGGAUCUCGGACUACCUAACACGCAAGACCCCCUGACACAGAACCCGGAGCAAAACGCAGCUCAUGCAGAAUAUGCAGGAUCAAAGUUCACUUUCCUCGGCUAUCUAAUUGACCAGUUAAAGACUCAAAACUGUUCAAUAGCAAUCUUCGCCCAGGGUGGAACACUGCAAGACUUACUGGAGGAGUACCUUAUAAUGAAAGGCGUGCUAUAUCGGCGGUGGGAUGGCGCUGUUCAGCGUCAGAGUGUCACGGAUCUAGACUGCUUUUCGGUUGAUCUUCUCAGCACAGAGGGUGACGAGUCUGCCGUCCUGCCUCGCAGACCAGCUUUGAUUCUGGCUUUCGAUAUCUCCUUCAUGAUAACGGAUCCACAGGUUCAGGCUCUGUACCAACAGUUCGAUCGAGAGUUGCCAAUCAUCCAUUUGCUAGUCACGAACUCUUCGGAACAUGUUGAGCGAUGUGUACCAGUGUCAUUCACCUCUAAUAUUCGGCUGAAGGUGGUUGUGCGUACAACAUAUUUAGCAGCACCGAACCUUGGAGGAGACAUAACCUAUGUGCCUGAUCCUUCAGACCAACCCACAGGGAGACCUAUGGAUAUGUCAGAUCUUCAGAGGGCUGUGCGAAAAAGUCCCGCUCGGAGGCUCAACUUGAUCGCUGACAUCGUUGCCAAUCACGCAAUAUCUGGUGAGCUCAACCACAAGUGGUCGCUAGGUGGUAUGCCGGAGCUAAAGUUGGUCCCUCUUGACAGUCCUCCAAGAGUGAGUCGCGCAGCUUCCAGAACACCGCAGCCUCUUAACACAAGAACGCAAACACCAGCCUCUCGAGCCACCACGCCUGUGACUCGUAAAAGAUUGCUCGAAGUGGAGGGGGACGAGCGCGGAAAGAGGCAGCGUCUUACACCUGUUCAUGAUUCUAUGCCCGGAAGCGAUGUGACACCUAAUUCCGUUGAAGAGCUCCGAGAAGCGCGCAAGCAAAUUGCCCAGCUAAUAUCGGACUUGUCCAAUGCCGGAAAUGCCUUGACUAUAGCGGAGAAGGCACGUACUACUGCGGAGACCAAAGCACAAGAAUGGAGAGACGAACUUGCGGAAGUACUCCGCCGUUACGAGAUCGGACGAAAUAAGAGGAAGGAGAUCUACAAAGAGAACAAGGAGCUUCAGAUCACGCUCACCAAUAUGAAGGCUAGAGAUGAGGUCACCCGAACGGAAAAGGCAUUGCUUCGCCAACAGUUGACUGAUUCGAAAGCCGAGCUAGUACAGGCUCGCAACGACCUCAAGACUGCAGGAGGUGAUGUUGCAGAGCUAGAGGAAGCUCGUGCACUGGCUCGUGACGCUGCAGCUAAGACGCUUUCAUUGGAAAAAUCUUUGAAGACUACUAAGAGCGACUUUGACUUCACGCGUUCUCAAUACCAAGAUGCCUCCAAGCGAGCUGUAGAUCUGGCGUCGGAGAUCAAAGAGCUUCAAGAGCAGGUAGAGCAUUACAAGCUUGCUGCAGACGACACGAAACGAUCCUUGAAGGCCAUGAACUACAAAGCCAGCAUUAACAAAGCCAUGGAAACAGCAGAAUUAGCUGGACUUGAAGUCAAGAGCCGCGAUACAGUUAUCAAAAGGUUGCAAGAAGAAAAUGCCAUGUUGAAGAGUAGAAGAGGUGUACAGACUCGAGGCAGUAGUAUACAACCUGCUGGCAGUCCAGCUCCUCGAAGUCGACAAGCGAGCCCUGCUCCUGGCCAUCUCACAGUACCUACAGGUUCCAGAACAAGUCUUCUCCGCAACGAGCGUUGA